AUGCGAUCUCCCGUAUCUUCAGAUCCUGAUAGAUGGAUAGAACUUAUACGUCAAUGUAAACCCCUUCCCGAACGUCAAAUGAAACUUCUCUGUUCUCGAGUACGCGAUUUAUUAUUAGAAGAAUCCAACGUACAUCAUGUCCAAAGUCCCGUCACUGUUUGUGGUGAUAUACAUGGACAAUUUUGGGAUGUUUUAGAGAUUUUCAGACAGGGUGGUGAAUUACCAGAAACUAGUUAUAUUUUCAUGGGAGAUUUCGUCGAUAGAGGUUAUUAUUCAUUAGAAACUCUUACUUUACUAUUAGUGUACAAAGCUAGAUAUCCAGACAGAGUGACAUUGUUAAGAGGGAAUCAUGAAUCUCGUCAGAUUACUCAGGUUUAUGGAUUUUACGACGAAUGCAUGAAGAAAUACGGGAAUCCGAGUGUUUGGAAAGCUUGUUGUACAGUUUUUGAUCAUUUAAAUCUAGCCGCCAUCAUCGAUACUUCCAUCCUUUGCGUUCAUGGUGGGUUAUCACCCGAUAUACGAUCAGUGGAUCAAAUACGGACAAUCCCAAGAGCUCAGGAAGUGCCUCAUGAAGGAGCGUUUUGUGACCUGAUGUGGAGCGAUCCAGAGAAUGUGGAUUCUUGGGCUGUCAGUCCCAGAGGCGCAGGAUGGUUAUUUGGUAGUCAGGUGACUGCAGAGUUCAACCAUAUCAACGCUCUCACUCUAAUAGCCCGAGCACAUCAGUUAGUGCAAGAAGGUUUCAAACACAUGUUCGAUGGAUCUCUCGUGACGGUUUGGUCAGCACCGAAUUAUUGUUAUCGAUGUGGUAAUUUGGCUAGUAUAAUGCAAGUGGACGAGAAAGGAGCCACGACGUUUAAAGUGUAUGAUGCCGCAGAGGAGAAUUCGACUGAUCAGAGAAAUCCAGCUUUGAGGAGAAUGGCUGCACAAUCAUAUUUUGUAUAA